GGACGCGACAGGCACGCGGAAACUGCAUCUUGCCCCGCCACACACUCUGCUUGAUUACUGCACUGUUCGAUACCCGCAUAGAUUCUGUUCACCAUGUCGGCCGCACAACUACUCAACCCCAAGGCCGAGUCGAGGAGGCGCGGGGAAGCUCUCCGUGUAAACAUCUCGGCUGGUGAGGGCCUACAGCAGGUGCUUGCAUCCAACCUGGGACCCCGCGGCACACUGAAGAUGCUUGUAGAUGGCGCCGGAGGAAUCAAGCUCACAAAAGAUGGAAGCGUUCUGCUCAAAGAAAUGCAAAUCCAAAAUCCCACUGCCGUUAUGAUUGCACGAGCAGCAACAGCGCAGGAUGAGAUCACAGGUGAUGGAACAACAUCGGUGGUACUGUUGGUUGGAGAGCUGCUGAAGCAGGCUGAUCGAUACAUCGCCGAAGGUCUCCACCCACGAGUGAUAGCAGAUGGUUACGACAUCGCGAAGACGGAGUCACUGAAGUUCCUUGACGAGUUCAAGCUCACCAAAGAAGUCGACCGCGAGCUUCUCCUCUCUGUCGCGAGAACGUCGCUAUCCACCAAGAUCAACAGCUCGCUCGCCGAGCAAUUGACUCCUGACAUCGUCGACGCUGUCCUUGCCAUCUAUCAAGCGCCCGCAAAGCCAGAUCUGCACAUGGUUGAGAUUAUGACCAUGCAACAUCGCACCGCCGCCGACACACAGCUCAUUAGAGGUCUUGCUCUGGAUCACGGCGCAAGGCAUCCGGAUAUGGCCAAGAGGGUGGAGAACGCAUACAUCCUGACUCUCAACGUCAGCUUAGAGUACGAAAAGUCUGAAAUCAAUUCUGGCUUCUACUACUCGAGCGCAGAACAGCGAGAGAAGCUCGUCGAGAGCGAGCGACGCUUCGUUGACGAGAAGCUGAGGAAGAUUGUUGAGCUCAAGAAGGAAGUCUGCGGAGACGACCCUAAGAAGGGCUUCGUGAUAAUAAACCAGAAGGGUAUUGACCCGCUCAGCUUGGACGUCCUUGUCAAGAACGGAAUCUUCGCACUAAGGAGGGCGAAGAGGAGGAACAUGGAGCGUCUCCAGCUGGUGUGCGGCGGUACGUCACAAAACAGCGUAGAUGACAUGACACCCGAUGUCCUCGGAUGGGCAGGUCUCGUUUACGAGCACCAGCUGGGUGAGGAGAAGUACACAUUCAUCGAAGAUGUCAAGGAGCCGAAGUCCGUCACUCUACUCAUCAAGGGCCCAAAUACGCACACUAUUGCUCAGAUCAAGGACGCCGUUCGCGACGGUUUACGGAGUGUGUACAACAUGAUCGUCGACGGAAGCGUCGUACCAGGCGGAGGCGCUUUCCAAGUUGCAUGCGCGGCUCAUCUUGAGAGCGAGCAAUUCAAGAAGACGGUCAAGGGCAAAGCAAAGUGGGGUGUCUCAGCUUUUGCGGACGCUCUGCUUGUCAUUCCUAAGACCCUGGCAGCCAACUCAGGUCAUGAUAUCCAAGACUCACUGGCUGCAUUGCAAGACGAGCAUGCCGAGGGCAAUGUUGUUGGUCUGAACCUUGCAACCGGAGAAGCCAUGGACCCUACCCAAGAAGGUGUCUACGAUUCGUUCCGAGUUCUGCGCAACGCCAUAGCGUCCGCUACCGGUAUCGCAUCGAACUUGCUGCUAUGCGACGAGAUGCUGAAGGCACGACAAAUGGGACGACAACCUGGACCUGGCGGCGAGGAGCAAUAAUCAUGUCGCAUUAUCUCUGGACGAUCAGACACGCCACCACAGCAUCAUUGCUGGAGCAACGUUCUAGCCACAUAGAAGUGCAGAGCAAGCGGACAGCUGGAGGAAAAGCUAUAUCGUGGCUCACAACCUGAUCCGCGCGGGUGUUGCAUGCCGACUGUCUAAAUAGAUUAAAAUAAUACGACCACGUCACAUGGCCAGUCUAGCUCCGCAAAGCGUGAUUAUGUUUCAUGUUCUGCUUUCUUCUUCAGAGUCAAAAAAUUCUACUCGUCAAGUCGUCGCCUAAAGAGACAUCGUUUAUGAGGGUGGGUUGAGACUGCCCAGGUGGCUCUGCACGCUGAAACACGUGCAAAGAUGCCCAGCUGGGAAAUGCUGGACCCCUAUCCGACCAGGGUGAUUUAAGC